UUUGGGCUGAGUUUGCAAUGGUUUCUCUGUCGACAUGGUUUCGGUAUAUAGCACACAAGCUUGAGUAUUCUGUUUCUCUCAGCUGGAAGGAUGCAAAUAAGAUGAUAUCAAAGUUACUUCUGAGCUAUUUGGACCAUUGGCCAAAGGAUUAGCUGAUUUUGGCAUCCAUCUCUAGCAAGAGCUAAAGAACACAAUGUUCUUUAUAAAACAUAGCUAUAAAAUAGGAAAAAUCAAUGACAAAGAAUUGGGCGACACUAUCUGGAAAAAUGUUUUUCAGGGAAAAUUGACAUACUUACAUUGGAACAAGGGAGAAGAGAUGGCACCAACAGUAGGAGCACAAGGAGGAACUCUUCUUGUCCGUAAACUACCAGCUGCAGAUCCAAUGCAUGUUUUUGUUGGGGAUGUUGUUGUCUUGAAGGAUCCUGAGAAUCCAGAUAAGUAUCUGGUUAGAAGGUUGGCUGCUGUCGAAGGUUAUGAAAUGGUGUCCACUGAUGAGAAAGAUGAAACCUUUGUCCUUGACAAGGAUGAGUGUUGGGUGCUGUCUGACAAUGAAUCUUUGAAGCCGAAGCAAACUUAUUUUGGACAGGAAGCAAAGGACAGUCGGACAUUUGGUCCAGUUCCUAUGACAGACAUAGUAGGUAGAGUCAUAUAUUGCUUGAGAACGGCAGUGGAUCAUGGUCCCGUGCAAAACAGUCAUUUCAGUAUGCGCAAGGACUCACCAGUCUUGGAAGUUGAACUGGAUGUUGAUGAGAUGGCAAAGAGUCACAAGGCAUGACUGCAGAUGGUUAUAAAAUGGGGAAACUGAAAGAAAAUGCCAUGGGCUUUCUCUCACUUCAUCUGUAUUAUUUUUUUGUCCUUAGAUGAUUCCUUUACUAAAGACAUGUUCGACACAACUGCGUUCUGCUAAGAGAAGAAGAGCCGGAUGGGACUUUAUAUUGUCAGUUUUCUUUGGGUUUGGAGGAUGACAAAAUUAUUCCUUGGGAAUCUGGUAUAGCCAUUAGAGCUUUCGUUUUCCUAUUUUUUAGCUAACCUGAGAAUGUGCAGCUGACUGUCAUGACUUCGAUUCUCCAACUGUCUAUUUGUUUUUCAAGAAAAGUUUUAGUUAGGAAACCAAAAGAAGGAAAACUUCACUUCUGUCA